UUAACACAAAGUAAAUUGAAGAUUUAUUAAAGUUUAUUAAUUCCAGAAGAUUUAGUUGAAAAAAUAAUAAUGUUGAAACAAUUAUUAUUUACGUUUUUACUAUUGGGCGGAAUGCAUGAGUGUGUACAAGCGUUGUCCGUUGAUGAUCACGAUUUCGAAGUGGCUGAACAGUUUCGAAAAUUACUGGUUAACUAUGACAAAAGAAUGCGACCAAAUUAUAUGGGUAAUAUCACAACUGUCGAUGUGGAUAUAGCAAUUUUGAGUUUUGGUGCAAUAAGCGAGCUUAAAAUGACGUUCUUACUUGAUAUUUUUCUUCGUCAAAAAUGGAUCGACUAUCGGCUGCGUCAUAACAUGACAAACAAAAUCAUUCCGCUAUUAGGGCGAAACACACCACCGGACUUUAUUUGGACUCCGGACACACAUUUCAUCAACGCUAUAAAAGCAAUAAAGCAUACAGUUACUGUGAGUAACGAAAAACUUGAUAUAUACCCGGAUGGAACCGUGUUCUGGGGAACAAGAGUGACGUUAGUUGCUACAUGCGAUAUGGAUUUCAAAACAUACCCGAUGGAUAUUCAAACUUGUGGCAUUGCAUUGGAAAGCUAUGCAUACACAGAAGAGCAUGUUCGAUAUCGGUGGUUCCAGAAAGGACUGAGCAUAGUGUCGCCGGAGAUCUCACAAUACACUCUUGUGAAUUUCAGUAAAUCAGCACACUUAACGAAAUAUUUAUCAAGUGGUGUGUACAGUAUCUUGGAAGGUACCUUCGUAUUUCAAAGACGCAUGGCAGUCUCUCUGAUGCAAAUCUUCUUCCCUUCCACCGCUAUUGUUUGCAUUUCUUUCGUUUCAUUUUGGGUUCAUAAGAACUGUGUGUCAGCGAGGGUUGGACUUGGUAUUAUACCACUUCUUACUAUUAGUACCAUAUGGGGAUCAGUCAAUCGAAGUUUACCAAGAGUGAAUUACGUUAAAGCUAUUGAUGUUUACUUCAUCGGAUCAUUCUGUUUUAUAUUUUGCGCCCUUCUAGAAUAUACUGUUGUGCAGAACUUAAAUUUCAAGGCGAAAAAAAAGAAAAGUCUAACAAUAAAAAGACAAAGUUCAUUUCGUGGCAAAGAAGGUAGAGCAGAUUCAGCGCCGUUAUUUAAUGACAUGUUCACAGGCAGCUGCAGGAAACCUGUUCCUCCUCAAAGCGUGUUCAAAAUUAAAGAAAAUGUUACUAAAACAGAAUUAGAUAAUCGAGGCAGAUAUAUUGCUUACACUUACACGAAAGAAGCAGAUAAGAAAAAACCAUCACCGCCUAAACUUGAUCGAGACAAGAUGCCAUACUAUUAUAAAGCAUACCGUGUUCAGGGAAAACCAACCACACUUGAUGUUAUCUGCAGAUUUUUCUUUCCCUUCAGCUAUUUUUGCUUUAACAUGGUGUUUUGGGUAUCAUAUCAUAUGACUCAUCACACUACAUCGAAACUUUUAGACGGACCUCACUAAUUGGCACAACAUUUUUCUAGCGUGCGCCCCCAACAGCAUUUUCAAAAAUUUGAAGUGCACCACCAACUCCAUUUUCAUUAGUUUGACGUGCACCACCCCCAACAUUUUUCUGACGUGCACUACCCACAGCAUUUUUCCGACUUGCGCCACCCACAGCAUUUUCAAUAAUUUGACGUACACCACCCCCAAAAUUUUUCUGACGUGCGCCACACACAGCAUUUUCAAUAAUCUGACCUUCUACCUUUUAAUAAUUAUUAGCGCACUAUGACAAGAGGGAAUAAACAAAUUAUAGCUAGCAAAGUAUAGCUAGCUGUAUCAAAAAAGAGCGCUGAUUAAAUCGAGCAAAAAUAAAAUACACACUUAAAAUGACAUUAUAAUGACUGGCUUUGACAGAACAUUUAUCACCAGCUUAAAUUUUUUGUUGGAAAUUACAAUUGUACAUAUUAGUGUAAUAAUUAUUAACAACUAGCUAGGGAUAUAUAGGGAUAUAUAUAA